AUGGCGAGCUUCAUCACGAAUUACAUACAAAAUACUGCCAUGGGCAUGCUGUCCAGCGGCAUUACCGCUGCUGGAAAUGUAGCUGGUAAUGCUGUUGGCGGUGUAGGCACCAUGAUUCAAAGCAGUGGACAAGCUGUUGGCAGUGGCAUUGAAGGCAGCAUCAAGAACUGGGGAGACUACAUCAAUAGCUACGGCGAUCGCGCAAUCGCCGCAACAGCACCAAACCCAGGCUCUGGACCAACAGCAGUCAAGAAGCAAAAGGCUCUCCCUGCACCAGCCAAAGGAGCAGGCGCAGUCGCGAAACAGAAAGCACUACCUGCUGCUCCUUCCUCAGCACAAAAGGCUCUUCCUGCUCCUGCAUCCAAGCCCAAGACACUGUGUGCAAACACACCUUCUUACGCAGGCGCAGUUAAGAAAACAGCUGCGUCUGCAGCAUCAAAACCCAAGAGUGCGGUUGGAGGAGGAAGCCCUGUGCCUUCUGUUGGUGGUCUACCCAAGCCUUCUGCACCAAAAACUUCGUCUCUGCCUCCGGUCAAUCCUAAGCCCUUGUCUCUGCCUCCUGUCAACCCUAAGCCCUUGGGCUCUUCAGCAGCAGGCAAAGUCAAGAUCAGCCCGGCGAGUAAGCCAAAGACCAGUGGAGGACUACCCAAAGCUCCAGUCGAUGGAUUGCCAAAACCGCCUGGUGUGAGUGGACUCACUAAAGCUCCUGCUGCUGCGGCGAAUGGUCUGCCCAAGGUUACAAGUUUGCCGCCUGCCAAUGUGCCAAAGCCUCCUUCGAGCGGAAAGGUGAGGAUUGAUCCUGCUAGCAGACCCAAGAAGUAA